AUGUUCAUUAUAUAUCUAAGGGAAUAUAAAGACCUAAAUCUGUUUUACAUUCAAGACAAUCAUCGUCUGAAAAUAUAAGUGGGAUAUCAGGAGUUUUAAACACUAACUAGAGUAAUUAUGCCUCCAAUAACUUCAAUAGUGGUGGAGGAGUUUAAAAUAUUAAUAAGAAAAAUAAUUAACAAGAAACCAGUGCAUAGAGAAGUAAUUUAAUUUCCACAUUAAAAUUUUACUAAAAUUUAUUAGAUUUGUUUGUUUAAUAGUUUGUGCCCUAUCUAAAAACCAAUUAAUAUUUUGCUAUACUUUUUUAAUUAAUUAAUUCAGUUGGCAUCAGACAAAUAUCCAACGAAAAUUUUCAAAUAAUUUAUACUUAGCUAGCUUGAUAUUUACUAAAAAAGUUAAAUAAAUUAACACCAUCAAAAAUAUAAAAUAGGACUUACUCUCAAGAAUUACAAAAAUGAAAGGGUCAAGAAACAUAAUUCCAGCUAGAAUGAAAGUUUAGAGCUAAAAGAUUUAAAGAGAGAAGAGUCUCUAAAGAGACUAAAAGAGCUUGAAAUAUAACUAAUAAGCAACAAGAAUGAGCAAUUUGGAAUUUAGUCUUAGCUCAGCAAGAAUAACAGCUACCUAUAAUUAAAGAACUUAUCUUCUAAUAUUUAACUUUCAGCUCAAAAAAAUAAUAGUGCUAACAAAGAUAACAGUGCAAAUAAAGGCUUCAACUAGAACUUAUAUCUAAACGAUCAAUCAAAUAGUAAUAAAUUUUCUAAGAUUGAUAAGAUUUAGGAAGUAUAGAGUUUUGUCUUUAAUCCAAAUUAGGAUUUAGUAUAAAAAAAAGUCAUUGUGCAACCGCAAAGUGAGAAAAAUAAUCAAAAUAAAUUAAUGCUUAACAACUCUAAAGAAAAUAUAAAUUUAAAUAGUAAAAUAUAGUAAUCGUAGAAUUCUUAAAUGAGAUUUUAGAAUAAUACAAACAAUUAAGCUCCAGUGAAGCAAAAAAGUUAUUCUCUUUAUCAAGCUAACAAUUAAGAAACACUUGGUUUUAAUAGUUUUUCAUCUAACAACAAUAAAUAAAGCAAAAAUAAGUUGAAUAAUGCUAAUAAUGAAUCACCUUAAAAAAAUAAAUAUAUAAAUUAAGAAUUAAUUGUUUAAAAAUAACUACUCCAACCAACAAAAUAAUAUAAUAAUUAGCAAUCUAGUAGAUAAAAAACAGAAUAAAAUGAUGAUGUCAAAAAAUAAACAGUAAACAAAUAAAUCCAAAUUUUAAAAACUUAAGAAGACUUCGACUCUAAUAGCUAAAAAAAGUCAAACAUUAUUCUUUAAUAAAAUAGCAAAUCUUCUGAUAAUAGCAAUCGUGAAAAAAAUUAACUUGAUAAAAAUGCAAGCAUAUUUUCAAAAGAAAACAACAGCUAAUAUCCAUCUUCUAUAUAAAAUAUUCCACCUGUAUUUAUGGGUGCUAAUGUGAAUAAAAGCAUAAAAUCAUAAAAUUAAUAAAGUGGUAGUAAAUAACUUAAUAGUGCUACAAUAUAAAACAGUGGAAAUAAAAAUUAUUACUAUAAUGAGAAAUAUAUGUCAGAUUCUUAAAGAAAAAAAGAGAGUAUCCUUAAUGAUAAGAGUCCUAGUAUGAUUUCAAAUAGCGGAGGAGUUAUAGCUCCUAAUAAUAAUGGUGUAGGGUAUUCAUAAAUAACUAGCAAGUCAGUAACACCUGAGCCUAUCUAAAAAAGCAAAUUAAAACUAGAUUCAAAUAGAAAUUCAAUGCACAUGAUAAGAAAUGUUGAUAAUCCUGUUAUUAGUAAACAAGAAAGCAUAUUUAGGAUAAACAAUACAAAGACAAAUAAUAAUAGCUCUUAUAAUAGUAACUCAAAUAUUCUUCCUACUAAUAUAACUAAUGAAUACAAUUCAAAUAAUAAAUCUUCUGAAAGACUCUUGUAUCAUCCAUCUUAAUCUACUAAUGCUCAAAAAGCAGAUCUAAGUAAAAGAAACAGCAAUUCUUUCUUAAGAAAAAGUGCAAAUAAUGGUUUGCCUUUGGUUUCAUAAGAUUAAUUAAGUUCCAGAUUGAAUUCUAAGUCAUUGCAUAUAGCAAAACAAAAGCAAGAUAGACAACAAAGUAUUGAGAUUAGUUAAGCUAUUGAUAAUCAUAUAUAAAUUUAACAAAAUUCUGAAUAAAACGAAGAUAAUUAGCUUCAAAUAAAUGAAUAGAUAAAGUUAGAAAAUGGUAAUGGAGCACAAUAAUUACAAAAAAAUCAAUCAUCAUUGAGUGAAUUAAGGUUGAGAAGGAUAAGAUAAGUUAAUGCUUCCAACAGCAAACUAAAUAUAAAGCUUCCUAACAUGAGUAUGUAGUAAAAUAGUCAUAAUCAGAGUAUACAAAAUACUGAACCAAGUGAAAAUGGUAGAUAAAUAAAAUCAAUAAAAAGGGUUGCUAAGCCAAACUUAUCAUUGAAUAGAAUAAUUGAUGAUAAAAGUGGUCAAAUAAAAGAAGAAACAAAAAAGAGAAUUUAACAAAUUAUAGAAAAGCAAUUUAAAAAUAAAAAAAUGUUUGGAGCAGCUUAGUAAGCAGAUAAUCUUAGUACAGGAUAAAAUAAUUUGCAGUAAAGCAAAGGAGAAAUGGUAACAGAUGAGCUUAAAGACACAGAGGAAUAAUAACUAUACGGAGUCAACUAUGAUCAAGAAAAAGAGAUAAAAGGAUAUAUUAAAGGAUUGAUGGAUGUUCUAAAGAAUAUAAGCAGUGCUAAAAAAGUAUAAAAUCUACCUAGCUUAAAAAACUCCCCAAUCAGAAAGAUAAAGAUGAAAAAGAGAGAUAGCAUCAGUAUUUUAUCGUCUUUAAAUUAGAGCUUGUUUAACUCAGCCAAUUCAAGUUUAGAAAGAAAAAAGUAAGGUAUUGAACCCAUUUCGAAUAAAAAGUUGUAAAACAAGCUAUCUGCUUCAAAAUAAGUUGAUUAGUUUUAAGAUCAAAAGCUGAACAACUAAAAUGAAGCUUUUGAUUCUUUAGUAAAAGGAAAAAAAACAGAAAGAAAGAAAACUCCUUCCAGUGUUUAGAAGCAACUUGACUAUUCAAUCCCAAGUCAAUAUGUAAGCCAAUAGAAAUAUGGGAAUAACUAAUCGCCAGAAGGGAGGAAAAUAAAAAAUGAGAAUGGAUUGUGUGAAUAGGAAAAAGAAGUAGAUUAUUAACAUAUCAUUCAGAAUAGUGUGAGUAAAAGAGAGUACAAUCCUUAAAAUUAUAAUUACCCUGAGCCUAUUAAUUAAGAGAUCAAGGAAAUGAGUAUAAAGAAAAUGCAGUAAAGCUCGAUAACUCAUUUUCAAAAUAGCUAUAAAAAAGAGAAAUAGUUCUACUAUGAAGAUUAGAGUCCUAUAAAAACUAUUAGCAAUCCUAAUGGGUCUUAAAAGCUUUCUUUAAAUGAUCUUAAAGAGGAUUAAUAAAAUAACACUGAAAAUAAAGUGCAAGAAUUAGCUAAUAAGCCUCUUAUAGCCCAACCAUACUCUGUAGAAAAUUCUUCAAAUUACUAUUAUUUUGUAGAGUCUGUUCCUCAAAGCUUAAACUAAAUAAAUGUGUAGUCAUUAAAUAACGAUGAUAAACAAUAAAUGAAAUUAUUACAAAAGAGUUCAGAUGCAAUUAUAAAUAGAGAGAAAAGGAGUGCAUCUACUCAUAGAAUUCUUGGAAGGGAAAAACCUGUUGGAGAAUUAAGAUCUCUAAGAUUAAAUACUUCAUAAAAAGAACGCUCUGCUACUAUACAUCAUGGAGGUGAAGAGAUUCCUAAUGAAAAUAAUAAUGAUAACGAAGAAGGAGAAUAAUUAGGUGUAUUUUGCACAGAUUCGAAAAAAGAAAUGCUUUUAAAGGUUAGAAGAGGUAGAAGUGUAAUAAAGACUAUUAAUCCAUAUAAAUCGGCUGAGAAAAUUUCUUCAAAUUUAAGAAAAAGUCAUGAGAAAUACAGCAAUUAAAAAUUAGGUUUAAGCCAAAAUCGCUGUACUUCAGAACCUCGUGGCAUCAAUCAUGAUAGACUACCUUCUGCUUCUCUAGUUAGUGGAAUUAAUCAAGAUGAUGCUCAAGCUAGUCUAAAUGAUAACUAAAAAUAGUUCUAUUAAAUUUCAAAGUAAUAAAGAACUAUUUCAGUUCCUAAUUAUAAAUUCCUGCAACCAAAUUAUGGAAAUCCUAACAAUUUAACUGAAUAAGACUAAGAAGAGAGUAAAAAUGAAGCAAAUUCUUAAAUUCAAAAUGCAAACUCAUUUUAGUAAAAUCAGCCUAUUGCAUUAAAAAAGAGUAGUGCAAUGUCAUUUGGAAUUUAAGAAAAAUAGGAAAACGAUGAAGUUUUAAGUCGUGUUAACAGCUAAAAAAGAUCAAAUUAUUAGAAGAUGUGGAUUGAUCAAAUUAGUUCAAAUUUAACAGAAUAGAUUUCUACUAACAUAUAGAUUGGUAAAUAAGAGUACUAAUCAAUAUAAGAAAAGCACCAACAAGGACAAAAUAUAUAAAAUUUGAAGCCAAGCAAUAAUAAUAAUAAUAAUAACAAUAAAAUUUAUAUAAAUGAAAUGCAACAUAAAAAAAUUGUAGGAUCGUAAAACUAGUCUGGAUGUGAAUCACCAUUUGUCUCUUACUAAUCUGUAAUAGCUGGAGUAGUACCAGAAUAGUAAAAGAAAGAAUCAGAUUUGACUGAACUUGUAGAACUUUUAGAAGAUGAAUAGUUGGAUCAUUAGACAUGGAAAAAGAAAUCAGGAAAAAAAGGAAAUGUGGCAGCGAUUCACUUCACUCCAUCAAAAAGAGUUAUAACUAAUCAGUCUCAUAAAACUGCUCACUGCUCAUUUAUUGAUGGAAAUGAAACAGUUAGGACGGAAGUUAUUGGACCAAUAAUACAAUCACAGUUAUUUUUUUAGGAUGAAAACGAAAAUGAGGUAAGCUAAAUUACUCCAUAACAGAUGAAUUAAUUCAAGUCGAGGAAUUCAUUUUUGAGCUUUGAUUUGAUGUAAGAAUUGAAUCUUAGACGCUCUAAUUAAAAUUUACUAGGGCACUCAAAGAAUUAGAAUAAUUUGAAUCCAAGCUCUAUGAUAAAUUAAAAUUAUGCAAUACAACAGUAUAUGUUAGCUAACCACUACUAGCCUUCACCAUUAAAAAACCAAAAAAGUUAGCAAUAACAGUAGACUCAAGUCUAAUAGCUUUUCGAAAACAUACAAAUAAAGUAAAAUCAGGGAAUUUAAAGCAGUAGUAGGAACUCAAUGUCUUCAAAAGAAAGAAUACCCAUUUCAGUAGCUAUGAAUUAUUAGUAGGAUUAAAAUUAAUAAGAAGCAAACUAUUAAGGAUAUGACUAUAACCCAGAUUAUGAAUUGUAAUAAAAUUAAUAUGACUAAAACUUUGGAAAUUAAAUAAGUUAUCGUUCACGUGGAUAUUUUAGAAAACCACCUACACACAGAUCGUACAAAAGUAAAAUUAGCAGCGAAGAUAAUAGCAAUGUUUAAAAUAGCCACAAAAAUACUUCAAUUAAUUCCUAUCAAGAUAAUAAGAACUAAGGAAAUAAUAUCAAAAUUUAACAAUACGAAAAACCCCCAACUCAAUAGAAUAAAUUAUUAUCUUAGCAAAUCGAAUAACAGCAGCAAUAGUAUUAAAAUGUUCUAUCAAGAAAACAGACACUAAGCGAUAAUUUAGGAUUAGAGAAUAAACUCUAAAGAUAAUCUUCAUAUGAUAAUUAAAAAAGAAACAAGAUCGAUCAAUAGAUUCUACCAAAUUAAUUUUAGCAGUAUCAAUAAAAACUAAACGAUAAUCCAAUAACUUAGGGCAAUUAAAGACAACAAUAAUAUAAUCCAGAAGAAUAUAAGGUAAACAAAUAAAACGAAUCUGAAAACGAAGAGAGAAUACUAGAUUUACUGCUUUUAGAUACUCAUGAAUUAAAAGAUAAACUAAGAGAGUAACCUACACGUAAUAGACUUAAAAAUGAUAUUAAUUCAAACAACUAUAACGAUAUAGUUAAAUCACUUCCUAUUCCUCCUGAACUACCUCCUAAUAAAAACAUCUUUUAGGAAUACAAUUAAAAAAUUUUUUAAUAUGACCAUAAUUUAUAAUGA